AAAACUUCUUAUAGAGUCUUCCAACAGAGGACAGCAGCAAAACAGCAAACUUCAGUAACACUCGCCGACAGCACGACAGUCAACCAGCCAGCAAAGGUCUACUAUCUAUUCAAUACAUUGCACAAUCUAUUGAGUAGCUAACGAUUCUCAUUCACUACACAAUUUCAACAAUAGUCCACAACAACAGCAAGAUGUCCAUGUUCAAGCUGGUUCUUCGUUCUUUCUCGAACUCUUUGAUGGCCAACAGUCCCAUUGCCGCUACUGCCACCAGGCCAUCGACAUCGAUUGCAAUCUACCACAACACCAAUUCUCUUCUUUCCAACUCUUUGCUUUCUAAGCUCAGCAACUACUCGGAAUUACCUUGCACCUUGCACAAGUACAAGGACGCCAAGAGCGACAAGAUCUUGUACAACACUACACUCACAGCCAACAAGCACAAGUUCAACAUCGAUCUCAAGUUGAACCAGACCUUGUCGAAGAAGGACUUUAAGUUCAUCAUUGACGAGUGUGUCGACAUCCACCCAGACAACAGAUCCAUCUUGAUCCAGUUGUUGAUGAACGACGCCUCCUCCAAUGCUGCUGUAAACAAGUCGAAGUUGAUCAAGAACUUCAACAUCCACGAUGAGAAGGUUGUCUCUUACGACACCGUCAAGAACAACACCAUCAAGUUCCCUAUCAUCAUCGAUUACAACAACAAGUUGAUUGCCAACGACGAGACGUCGUUCGACAGAAUCAUGUCCAACUACUCGGCCUGUGGCAUUCAGAACUUCCUGCAGUCCAAGCCGGUCAAGAACUUGGUGGACGAAAUCAACUCAAACGGUUCUGGCAACCAUUUGUUGUUCAAACAGGCUCAAGCACAAUCUCAACAGCAGCUGCUGCCUAUCAUGAACCAAAACUUAAUUCAUCCACACAUUGCUGAAUUUGCUGAUUUAUUCUAAUUCUUCACCUUAAAUCGCAAUCACAGUCUACAUUAUGCUUCAGCACAUAUUUUCAUAUCGGGUACGGGUUUAAUUUUUUUAUCUUUCUUUAUAGAUUAAUAACACAGCGAAAGAUUA